AUGGCUGAAACCACAGGCCGUGUGUUGGCGUCAUUUUUCAUCUCCGCCAUCUUCGCGGACGACUUUGAGCUGCGCGCGGAGCGGCCGCUGGUGGAGUAUGCGCUGCUGCUGCGCCCGCACUACUCCUUUGCCGCCCACGCCAACCUCGACGCCGUCUCCCUCCACCUCGUCGUCAGGUAUGUGGCAGGAUAUCCGAGGCGGGCGUUGAAGCUGCGAGUGGAGGCGCGGGAGGGGCUGGAGCAGGAGGACGUGGUGGAGCUGGUGGCGCUGCUGCACGACCAGGCAGCACGGGCAGCACGGGAGGGGCGAGUGACGGUAUUCAACCUUGCCGAGACGGCACAAGAGUUCCUCUCUCGCCGCCUCUCGUCACUGUCACCCGCCACACACCACCCUCUUGCUCCCACCCAGGCGGGCAGCGAUGGGGAGGAGGCAGAAGGCGAGGCAGCGGGCGGGGAGGAGGGGUGGGCGUGGGAGGACAGUGUGGACGCGGGGCUCUUCUCCGACCCCCUCUCUGCCCUCCCCCUCGCCCCCGCUGCCUGGCCCCCUGGCCCAGGCACUGCAGGCGCAGGCAGGGGCAGGGGCAGAGGCAGGGGCGCAGGCAGGGGCAGAGGCGCGGGGGGCAGUCAGGAGGGCGGAGCUGGGAAGGGCGAGGUGGGGGGUGGAGGGCGAGGGAAAGGAAGAGGAGCGAGUGCAGGAGGAAGAAGGGGCCUCGGUGGCAGGCCAGGGGGAGAGGGGACAGGCACAGAAGCUAGGGAGGGAAGGAGUGGAGCGUCGGGGGGCGGGGAGGAGGACACUCAGGGGUCGGUGGGCGAACUAAUCCGGCGAGUGAGAGAGGGGCUCAGGAGCAUGCAGGUGCUGGCCGAGGUGGAGCAGCUGGUGGGGCAUCAGAGGAGCACGGCGAGGCACAGGGGAUCAGGGGGCGGGCGCACGCAGCAGGACGGUGGUGGUGAUGGAGGGGAUGAGGAGGAGGGGGAGGAGGACGAGCAGAGUGAGGAGGAGGAGGAGGAUGAUGAUGAGGAGGAGGAAGAGAGUGAAGGAAGGAGUUUUUCAACGGAUGGAGGGACGGCAGUGGGUGCAGAUGGGAGGGAUGCAGCACAGGGAGCCACUGCAGCUGCAGCUGCGGUGCUGGCCUCGGCAUCGGCCUCAGGAGCGCAGCGCCGUGGGUCGCGCGACAUGUACACGGGCAUGAUCCAGCGCGACCUGCUCCUCGCUCACCUACUGCGCAUGGUCACCAGCCACAACGGCCCUCUGCCCCACGCCCUGCCUGCCCUCGCCUCUCAGCUGCAAGCUCUUGAGGUGAUACCGCAGUGGGUGGCGGAUCUGCUGCACCAUGACCCGCGCCUCAUCGACCGUGCCUUCCACCGCGUCUUCAGCAAGCCUGCCCGCCGCCUCACUGCGCACGCCCAUGCAGACCCAUCCGUGCAACGGGCGCUGCAGCGGUUCUGGUCGGCCAGUGCGGAGGGCGAGGGCAGCGCUGUAGAUGCAGCAGCACAGGCGUCGGGGUCGCGCUACCUCUCAGACUUCGAGGAGGUCGCCAUGCUGGGUGGGUGA